UGUGUCACAACAAGUUCAAUUUCCUGUGUGAGAGUUCUCUCUCACUACUGUCACUACUCCCCGCUAACCCUAAAUUCCCAAAUUUUCGACCAUGGCAAAGAAGCCGAAGCAGCGCCCUCCACCCGUGGAAAAUCCUCCAACUGCUUCCUCCUCCGAAUCCGAGGAAGAUGAUGACCGAAGGCAUUCUUCUCAACCGCAUGCAGCACCACCACCAACACCAGCACCAGCAGCACAGGUUUCUUCCUCUGAAGAGGAAGACGAUUCUUCCGAAGAAGAAGACCAAGACGAGAAGCAACGUUCCACUCUCCCUGCUUCUGCAAACGCUCCCUCCAUUCCUCACCCCAAAUCCUCCUCUUCUGAAUCCGAAUCCGAAUCCGACACUGACUCCCAACCUGCUCAGGUCAAACCCAAAUCCAAGCCCAAGCCCGCGGACCAGCCCCAGCCCCAGCCCAAGGUCCAAGCCCAGCGUUCCUCCACGCCGGUGAAGCCGGGAUCCAAGCGCCCCGCCGACGUAACAGAGCCGAAACGCGCGAAAAAGAAAGCAACCGAGGCUCCUUCUCCCUCCUUUGCUAACGAGGGGACGGAGGAGGACGGGAAGAAGGCCGGCGGGCAAGCGAAGGUGUUGUUCCAGAGGAUCUGGAGCGAAGAAGACGAGCUCGGCAUUCUUAAGGGCAUACUUGAGUUCAUCUCAAAGACUGGGCAAGAGCCUUACAGGUAUGCCGACGCUUUCCACAACUUCAUUAAGAAGUCACUCCACGUUGAGGUUUCCAGCCAUCAGCUGAAGGAGAAGAUUCGACGGAUGAAGAAGAGGUUCCUCACUCAUGCGGCCAGAGAGAAGAAUGGGAAGGAGCCUCGGUUGUUCAAACCUCACCACAAGACCUUGUUUGAAUUCUCCAAGAAGAUUUGGGGUGAAUGGCCCAACGGGCUGGUGGAAAAGUCCAAGCCUCUUGCCAAAUACGUUACCAAGACUCCAAAGAAGGAAUCUGCCACCACGGGUGUGGCAAAACCCAACGCCAAAGCGCCGUCACAGCCAUCACCGUCGCUGCUGGCUUUGCCGGCGCCGGAAAAUAGUGAUAGUGGUGACGUGAGUUUGCUCUACAGCAAUAUUUCUUGUUUUAAAGAGCUGGAUGAGGAUGAGAUGAAGAGAGGACUUACUUUGAUUGGAGAAUCCAAGAGGAAGGACUUGGAGAGAAGGUGGAAAGUGCUGCAAUAUUCUGAGAUGGAACUUCUUGCGAAUCGCUCUCUACUGAUUGGGGAACAGAUUAAGUUGGUAUCUGAAGCCCUACAGUCAUCCAACAAUUAGGAUUCAUUGUGUUAGGCAAAACUGUAGCUGUUAAAUGUUUGGGUUUGCAAUUUGGGAUGGCAGGAACAUUCAUUGUCAUUCAGGCUUGGAUGGGGAUCAUGGAAUGAAGUGUUUUGUGUUGACUGUCUAACGCAAUGUCAUACAAAUUUGCCUUUGCUCCUUUGGUACUUGUCUUUCAAAGGUGCAUUUUAUUUUGUGAUACUUCUAAAAUUGCUAAUGCAUAUAUGCUCUUUACAAAGUGUAGUUUUCUGCUCAUGAUCUCUUGGACAGAUCAUAUUAACCUCCUUGAUAUUUGUUUAAAUGUCACUAACGAGCCUCUUUAUUUUUCUUAACCUCCCCUCAAUACUAUAUAGCUACUAGUUGAAGAAGAAAAAGGGAAGAAUCAAACUUCUCUUCAGGUUAUUUGUUUUUUUUUUAUCUCUUUUUUACAACUUCUCUUGCAAUCAUUCAGAAAGAUGUUAGUUAGUUAGGAAAGUUCAUCACUCCUCCCCCAAGGCAUUGAUGCUCCAAACAAGGUAGAUGAUUCCAGAAUCCAACGUUCUGACUGUUGAAAUUCACUUAUUUUUUUCUCUGAUGGAAGCAAAUCAAGCUUUAGUACACCUCUAUUGUCAUUAUUUCCAGUUCACAACAUUUGGUUUAAUGAGUCUUUUCGAGACAUUA